AUGCUUGACAGAUUCUUUUCUUGUGAUUACGCGGGUUGCGUGCUACCGAGUACACGGGGUCUCGGUCCCUGUGAGCGAUGCAGUCAACAAUUUUGCUCAACCCAUGGUCGACCACCAUCUCAUACGUGUGAGGACACGCCCCUCUCGGAUGAUCAGUUCGAAGCCAAAGUCCAUGGGGAGGUGAAAAACCUUCGAGCAAAAAUCAAUGACGGUGCUGUCUGCGAGAGAGCCUCGGAACUAAAUGGUGGCCUCAAAUGCGAGAUUGAGCAUCCACCCGCAUGGGGACGUGGGGCACUCAUGGGCUGUGCUAAUUAUCACGCCCGUAUUCGUUUUGCCGAGAAUGGUUAUACUUGGCUCAUUCGAGUGCCUCGAAUCAACAACAACAUCCCUCAACAGCUCAUCGACUAUCUUAUUCGCAGCGAAUAUGCCACUCUUAAAUUUCUUGAGACGACCAAAGUGCCUGCCCCUCGCGCAUUUGGGUAUGGUAUCGCUGGUGACACGAACAAUAGAGUUGGUAUAAGCUAUAUUCUCAUGGAAGAGAUGCCUGGCAAACCUUGGAAUCAGCAAGGACCACGCGGCAAGCGUUCUGCAGAUAACAAGGACAAGGAGAAGGUGUGGAAUGGACUGGCAGAUAUUCUCAUUGAGCUUAAAAGCCAUCCAUUUUCCAAAGCCGGUUCUCUUCUCCCAGGCCCCUUGGCUUCAAAACCAAUAGUCUCUGCCAUUGCCAGUGAACGAUUUCUUGUUCUGAGCCCUUCUGGGCCCUAUGACAAAGCUAUCGACUAUUACUCUUCGUUUGUGGAGCAAAACAUGUCCCUCAUUGUUGAUGGUCAGCUUUUCCCAUCAUUCCCAUUGAAUGCCUAUCUCGUAUUUCUAUACUUGAAAUCCCAGAUCCAGGAUUUUUCACCAAAGUCGAAUUAUAGCUCGGUUAAAAACACGGAGCAAUUCUAUAUCAAGCAUGUGGAUGAUAAGGGAGAUCAUCUAAUGGUGGACGAAGAGUUGAAUAUUAUUGGCAUAAUUGAUUGGCAAAUGGCUCGGGUGGUUCCUGCCGAUGAGGCUUUUGGGCCCUCUUUGGUGACAGCAGAAAUGGGCGAUAUUUAUAACGGCUUCCCAUCCAUGACUAUCCAUGAUCGCGCGUUAGCUCGCCUCUUGAAGGAGAAAGGAGAAGAUGACUUGGCUGAUAUCAUGUGCAAAAAUGAGCAGCUGCGAAGGUUCUUCUUUGGCCUUGACGUGGAUUUCUCCUGGGAUGAAACACUCUUGUUAAUCCGAGGUAUCUGGGCUACAUUUGGAAUCGAGAGAGACACAGACUGGAAAUCAUGGAAGAGGGAAAUGCUGCAACAUUAUGUCCAUGAUGAACGUCUUGAGAAGAUCAUUGAUAGGUUCGGAUUAGGCCCGUGA